AUGACGGCCGAAAUGCGAGAUUUAAUCAAUCAGUUAAUGGGAUCAAAUAGAGCAGAAGAGGAAGGACGUAAGUUAAUACCAUAUAAUCACCCAUCGGUAUGUCGAGCAUUUUUACUUGGAUGCUGUCCGCAUGAAAUACUUGCCGAUACACGUUUGGAAUCAUUUGUUGCUUGUAAUAAGGUUCACGAAAGUGCCCAUAAAGCAGAUUAUGAGAAUGCACAGAAGGAAAAGGAUCAUUAUUAUGAUAUUGAUGUUUUCGAGAAAUUGGAGGAAGCAGUGCGCAUAGUUGAUAAAGAAAUUGAAAGGACAAAGGAAAAACUGAAAAGGGAUUGCGAAAGCGAAAUUGACCAAGCUGAAAUUGCUAAAGCACAAAAAAUCGGUGAGCUUGGUGAAAAAAUUGGCACGACAAUUGUUAAAAUGGAAGCGUUAGGUAACGAAGGAAAAGUUGAAGAAGCAAUGGAAUUAUCGAAAACUAUCGAAGAAUACAAAAGAAAGAAGAGAGAUCUAGAGAAUGACGUGCGAACCGUACUAAAUACGCCACAAAUUCGUCUUCGAGUUUGUGAUAUGUGUAGCGCUCAAUUAAGUAUAAUGGAACAUGAAACUCGCUUAGCAGAUCAUUAUGGUGGAAAAAUGCAUGUUGGAAUGGAAAGUAUUCAUCGAAGAGAUCGUUACAGAGAGGAUAAUUCAGAUUAUCGCGAUAAAUACCGCGAUCGCAUGAAAGAUCGGGAUCGUGAUCGCAGACGGAGGUAUAUUGAUCCUCAUUCCUUUUUUUUUAUUAAUUCGAUCAUUUUUCUUUUUUAUUUUUUAUAG